AUGUCUGAUCUUGGUAUACCAGCAAAGCUGAUACGGCUUUGCAGGAUGACAUUGAGCAACACCAUCAGCUCUGUCAAGGCAAAAAUAACACUCUACAAGAAGCUCAUUCUUCCAGUACUCUUAUAUGGUGCGGCGUGCUGGACAGUGGUGCCGUCCGAUGCAGCCGCUCUUGGAGUGUUCGAGAGAAAGAUUCUCUGCAAAAUCUUUGGUCCGUUUUGCGUUGGCGAUGCUUAUCGCAUUGGAUUGAACCAAGAGCUGUAUGAGCUGUACGGGGAUGUUGAUGUAGUCAGUCGAGUUAAAAUUCACAGACUCCACUGGCUGGUUCACAUCGCCCGUAUGGAAGAAGACGCUUCGGCCCGUAAGGUGUUUGAUGCGGUAAUUGUCGGGAAACGGAGGAGAGGACGACCCCGGAUGCGUUGGCAAGACCAGGUGAUGGAAGCGCUGUCUACAUCCGGUGCUGCCAACUGGCGAAGGCGCGCCCAAAACAGGGAUGCGUGGAGGCGAAUCGUGCAACAAGCUGUGGCCCGUCAAGGGUUGUGA